AUGUCUAAAUCACUUUCACACGCCAAAAUUACCCCGCGCCGUUCGUCCGCGCGAGGACACGCUGAUCAUGGAUGGCUUAACUCAUAUCAUACAUUCAGUUUCGCAAACUAUUAUGAUAGCCAAUUCCAGAACUUUGGAAAUCUGCGGGUCCUUAACGAGGAUCGUGUCGCUGGAGGCACAGGAUUCCCUACUCACCCUCAUCGCGACGCUGAGAUCUUCAGUUAUAUUCUUAGUGGAGAAUUGACCCAUAGGGAUAGUAUGAUUAAGAAGGGGGCAGAGGGAAAAGAAGGAGAUGAUUUCUACAGAAUGAAAAGAGGAGAUGUUCAAUUCACAACUGGUGGAAGUGGAAUUGCACAUUCCGAACAAAAUGAAUCCAAGAAAGAAGUCCACUUCCUUCAAAUCUGGGCCCUUCCAUGGGCUAGAUCUUUGACUCCACGAUACCAUACAAAAACUUUCUCCGAAGACGCCAAACGAUCUGCAUUCCUGACAAUUCUCUCUCCACUGAAAGCUGGUCCUGGUGCAUCUGCAGAAGAGGAAAAAGCAGCGGAACCAACACUCCCCGAUACGAUUCCUAUACAUGCCGAUUUAGUCAUGGCUGCUGGAAUCAUUGGAGUCGAUAAGAGAUUCAAAUGGAUCGUUGGUGGCGAGGCAACAACGAGCGUCGAAAGCAGAAAGGUCUAUGUGCAUGUUCCUAUGACCAAAGGAGGCAACGCAAAAAUUAGGUUAGACGGUAGAGAAGGAGCUGUCCUCUCCGAGGGUGAUGGGGCUUUUAUUGAAGGGGUCAACGCAGGAGAUGUUUUGAGUGUUGAAAGCAUCGGAGAGGCCGAGGCGGAGGUCAUAGUGUUGGACAGCGAUUAG